AUGCGGAUCAUCAUUGCCGUACUCCUACUCUUGGUUUAUUCUCAAUGUAUAUCUUCGAUGGGAAGACCAGAGAAUUAUUCAGAAAAUCGACCGAUACAUGGCCGAUGGAAUCGAAAACGCUAUCAACACUAUGAUCGAGAAUGUGAUGAGUACCAAACAGAACCGGAUUGCGAAGAAGAACUACCGGAUUGCGACGAAGAACUACCGGAUUGUGACGAAGAACUACCAGAAUGCGAAGAGGAACCAGAUGACUGUGACCCUAUUCCUCCAGAAUGCACUGAUCCCCCGAUUGAAGAAUGUACACCCGAACCCCCCUGUACGGAAGAACCACCAUGUGACACUUCAGAAGCUUCACCUACAACCGAAAGUCCCACCGAGACUCCAAUAAGUAUUAAACGACUCAAGUUACGCGUCGCUUAUUCCGACACUUCAGCUACAACUAUUUCCCCGAUUCCUACUGAGCCCCCCACAGCAACAACUGCAACGACAGUUGAAGGCACGUCGACAACAGCACAACCAAUAGCCACAGAUUCCACUCCUGCGCCGCCAGGAUCCACACCUGUAGUGACCGAUACAACACCAUGCACUACUUCUGAAGGAGCUUCGACCACACUAGUCACCGGACCAACAACGGAAGGACCAUCCACGACAGCCGGACCAUCCACAACAGCGGGACCAUCCACGACAGCGGGACCAUCAACAACUCCUGCGCCAGGAUCCACACCUGUAGUGACCGAUACAACACCAUGCACUACUUCUGAAGGACCUUCGACCACACCAGUCACCGAAACAACACCGGAAGGACCAUCAACAACAGCGGGACCAUCCACGACAGCCGGACCAUCCACAACAGCGGGACCAUCCACGACAGCGGGACCAUCCACAACAGCGGGACCAUCCACAACAGCGGGACCAUCAACAACUCCUGCGCCAGGAUCCACACCUGUAGUGACCGAUACAACACCAUGCACUACUUCUGAAGGACCUUCGACCACACCAGUCACCGAAACAACACCGGAAGGACCAUCAACAACAGCCGGACCAUCCACAACAGCGGGACCAUCCACGACAGCGGGACCAUCAACAACUCCUGCGCCAGGAUCCACACCUGUAGUGACCGAUACAACACCAUGCACUACUUCUGAAGGACCUUCGACCACACCAGUCACCGAAACAACACCGGAAGGACCAUCAACAACAGCGGGACCAUCCACGACAGCCGGACCAUCCACAACAGCGGGACCAUCCACGACAGCGGGACCAUCCACAACAGCGGGACCAUCCACAACAGCGGGACCAUCAACAACUCCUGCGCCAGGAUCCACACCUGUAGUGACCGAUACAACACCAUGCACUACUUCUGAAGGACCUUCGACCACACCAGUCACCGAAACAACACCGGAAGGACCAUCAACAACAGCCGGACCAUCCACAACAGCGGGACCAUACACGACAGCGGGACCAUCAACAACUCCUGCGCCAGGAUCCACACCUGUAGUGACCGAUACAACACCAUGCACUACUUCUGAAGGACCUUCGACCACACCAGUCACCGAAACAACACCGGAAGGACCAUCAACAACAGCGGGACCAUCCACGACAGCCGGACCAUCCACAACAGCGGGACCAUCCACGACAGCGGGACCAUCAACAACUCCUGCGCCAGGAUCCACACCUGUAGUGACCGAUACAACACCAUGCACUACUUCUGAAGGACCUUCGACCACACCAGUCACCGAAACAACACCGGAAGGACCAUCAACAACAGCGGGACCAUCCACGACAGCCGGACCAUCCACAACAGCGGGACCAUCCACGACAGCGGGACCAUCCACAACAGCGGGACCAUCCACAACAGCGGGACCAUCAACAACUCCUGCGCCAGGAUCCACACCUGUAGUGACCGAUACAACACCAUGCACUACUUCUGAAGGACCUUCGACCACACCAGUCACCGAAACAACACCGGAAGGACCAUCAACAACAGCCGGACCAUCCACGACAGCCGGACCAUCUACAACAGCGGGACCAUCCACGACAGCCGGACCAUCCACAACAGCCGGACCAUCCACAACAGCGGGACUAUCAACAACUCCUGCGCCAGGAUCCACACCUGUAGUGACCGAUACAACACCAUGCACUACUUCUGAAGGACCUUCGACCACACCAGUCACCGAAACAACACCGGAAGGACCAUCAACAACAGCCGGGCCAUCCACAACAGCGGGACCAUCCACAACAGCGGGACCAUCCGCAACAGCGGGACCAUCCACGACAGCGGGACCAUCAACAACUCCUGCGCCAGGAUCCACACCUGUAGUGACCGAUACAACACCAUGCACUACUUCUGAAGGACCUUCGACCACACCAGUCACCGAAACAACACCGGAAGGACCAUCAACAACAGCCGGACCAUCCACAACAGCGGGACCAUCCACAACUCCUGCGCCAGGAUCCACACCUGUAGUGACCGAUACAACACCAUGCACUACUUCUGAAGGACCUUCGACCACACUAGUAACCGAAACAACAGCCGGACCAUCCACAACAGCGGGACCAUCAACAACUCCAUUCACCGGACCAACAACAGCCGGACCAUCCACAACAGCGGGACCAUCCACGACAGCCGGACCAUCCACAACUCCAUUCACUGGUUCUACAACGGAAGGACCAUCCACAACAGCGGGACCAUCCACAACAGCGGGACCAUCCACGACAGCGGGACCAUCAACAACUCCAUUCACCGGACCAACGACAGCCGGACCAUCCACAACAGCGGGACCAUCCACAACUCCAUUCACUGGUUCUACAACGGAAGGACCAUCCACAACAGCGGGACCAUCCACGACAGCGGGACCAUCAAUAACUCCUGCGCCAGGAUCCACACCUGUAGUGACCGAUACAACACCAUGCACUACUUCUGAAGGACCUUCGACCACACCAGUCACCGAAACAACACCGGAAGGACCAUCAACAACAGCGGGACCAUCCACGACAGCCGGACCAUCCACAACAGCGGGACCAUCCACGACAGCCGGACCAUCCACAACAGCCGGACCAUCCACAACAGCGGGACUAUCAACAACUCCUGCGCCAGGAUCCACACCUGUAGUGACCGAUACAACACCAUGCACUACUUCUGAAGGACCUUCGACCACACCAGUCACCGAAACAACACCGGAAGGACCAACAACAACAGCCGGACCAUCCACAACAGCGGGACCAUCCACAACAGCGGGACCAUCCACGACAGCCGGACCAUCCACAACAGCGGGACCAUCCACAACAGCGGGACUAUCAACAACUCCUGCGCCAGGAUCCACACCUGUAGUGACCGAUACAACACCAUGCACUACUUCUGAAGGACCUUCGACCACAUCAGUCACCGAAACAACACCGGAAGGACCAUCAACAACAGCGGGACCAUCCACGACAGCCGGACCAUCCACAACAGCGGGACCAUCCACGACAGCCGGACCAUCCACAACAGCGGGACCAUCCACAACAGCGGGACUAUCAACAACUCCUGCGCCAGGAUCCACACCUGUAGUGACCGAUACAACACCAUGCACUACUUCUGAAGGACCUUCGACCACAUCAGUCACCGAAACAACACCGGAAGGACCAUCAACAACAGCCGGACCAUCCACGACAGCCGGACCAUCCACAACAGCGGGACCAUCCACGACAGCCGGACCAUCCACAACAGCCGGACCAUCCACAACAGCGGGACUAUCAACAACUCCUGCGCUAGGAUCCACACCUGUAGUGACCGAUACAACACCAUGCACUACUUCUGAAGGACCUUCGACCACACCAGUCACCGAAACAACACCGGAAGGACCAUCAACAACAGCCGGACCAUCCACAACAGCGGGACCAUCCACAACAGCGGGACCAUCCACAACAGCGGGACCAUCAACAACUCCUGCGCCAGGAUCCACACCUGUAGUGACCGAUACAACACCAUGCACUACUUCUGAAGGACCUUCGACCACACCAGUCACCGAAACAACACCGGAAGGACCAUCAACAACAGCGGGACCAUCCACGACAGCCGGACCAUCCACAACAGCGGGACCAUCCACGACAGCGGGACCAUCCACAACAGCGGGACCAUCCACAACAGCGGGACCAUCAACAACUCCUGCGCCAGGAUCCACACCUGUAGUGACCGAUACAACACCAUGCACUACUUCUGAAGGACCUUCGACCACACCAGUCACCGAAACAACACCGGAAGGACCAUCAACAACAGCCGGACCAUCCACAACAGCGGGACCAUCCACGACAGCGGGACCAUCAACAACUCCUGCGCCAGGAUCCACACCUGUAGUGACCGAUACAACACCAUGCACUACUUCUGAAGGACCUUCGACCACAUCAGUCACCGAAACAACACCGGAAGGACCAUCAACAACAGCCGGACCAUCCACGACAGCCGGACCAUCCACAACAGCGGGACCAUCCACGACAGCCGGACCAUCCACAACAGCGGGACCAUCCACAACAGCGGGACCAUCAACAACUCCUGCGCCAGGAUCCACACCUGUAGUGACCGAUACAACACCAUGCACUACUUCUGAUGUCACCCCAACACCAGCAGUCACUCCAGGAACCACACCAGCUGGCACACCAGGUACAACACCUGCUGGCACACCAGGAACGACACCAGCUGGCACACCAGGUACUACUCCAGAGGAAACCCCAGAAACCACACCAGCAGUCACUCCAGGAACAACACCAGCUGGCACACCAGGAACGACACCAGCUGGCACACCAGGUACUACUCCAGAGGAAACCCCAGGAACCACACCAGCAGUCACUCCAGGAACCACACCAGCUGGCACACCAGGUACAACACCUGCUGGCACACCAGGAACGACACCAGCUGGCACACCAGGUACUACUCCAGAGGAAACCCCAGGAACCACACCAGCAGUCACUCCAGGAACCACACCAGCAGUCACUCCAGGUACAACACCAGCUGGCACACCAGGAACGACACCAACUGGCACACCAGGUACUACUCCAGAGGAAACCCCAGAAACCACACCAGCAGUCACUCCAGGAACAACACCAGCUGGCACACCAGGAACGACACCAGCUGGCACACCAGGUACUACUCCAGAGGAAACCCCAGGAACCACACCAGCAGUCACACCAGGAACGACACCAGCUGGCACACCAGGUACUACUCCAGAGGAAACCCCAGGAACCACACCAGCAGUCACUCCAGGAACAACACCAGCUGGCACACCAGGAACGACACCAGCUGGCACACCAGGUACUACUCCAGAAGAAACCCCAGGAACCACACCAGCAGUCACUCCAGGAACAACACCAGCUGGCACACCAGGAACGACACCAGCUGGCACACCAGGUACUACUCCAGAGGAAACCCCAGGAACCACACCAGCAGUCACUCCAGGAACAACACUAGCUGGCACACCAGGUACUACUCCAGAGGAAACCCCAGGAACCACACCAGCAGUCACACCAGGAACGACACCAGCUGGCACACCAGGUACUACUCCAGAAGAAACCCCAGGAACCACACCAGCAGUCACACCAGGAACGACAACAGCUGGCACACCAGGUACAACUCCAGCUGGCACACCAGGAACAACUCCAGACGAAACCCCAGGAACCACACCAGCAGUCACACCAGGAACGACACCAGCUGGCACACCAGGUACUACUCCAGAAGAAACCCCAGGAACCACACCAGCAGUCACACCAGGAACGACACCAGCUGGCACACCAGGUACAACUCCAGCUGGCACACCAGGAACAACUCCAGACGAAACCCCAGGAACCACACCAGCAGUCACACCAGGAACGACACCAGCUGGCACACCAGGUACUACUCCAGAGGAAACCCCAGGAACCACACCAGCAGUCACACCAGGAACGACACCAGCUGGCACACCAGGUACUACUCCAGAGGAAACCCCAGGAACCACACCAGCAGUCACACCAGGAACGACACCAGCUGGCACACCAGGUACUACUCCAGAAGAAACCCCAGGAACCACACCAGCAGUCACACCAGGAACGACAACAGCUGGCACACCAGGUACAACUCCAGCUGGCACACCAGGAACAACUCCAGACGAAACCACAGGAACCACACCAGCAGUCACACCAGGAACGACACCAGCUGGCACACCAGGAACAACACCAGCUGGCACACCAGGUACAACACCAGCUGGCACACCAGGUACAACACCAGCUGGCACACCAGGAACAACUCCAGACGAAACCCCAGGAACCACACCAGCAGUCACACCAGGAACGACACCAGCUGGCACACCAGGUACAACUCCAGCUGGCACACCAGGAACAACUCCAGACGAAACCCCAGGAACCACACCAGCAGUCACACCAGGAACGACACCAGCUGGCACACCAGGUACAACUCCAGCUGGCACACCAGGAACAACUCCAGACGAAACCCCAGGAACCACACCAGCAGUCACACCAGGAACGACACCAGCUGGCACACCAGGUACAACUCCAGCUGGCACACCAGGAACAACUCCAGACGAAACCCCAGGAACCACACCAGCAGUCACACCAGGAACGACACCAGCUGGCACACCAGGUACUACUCCAGAGGAAACCCCAGGAACAACUCCAGACGAAACCCCAGGAACCACACCAGCAGUCACUCCAGGAACAACACCAGCUGGCACACCAGGUACUACUCCAGAGGAAACCCCAGGAACCACACCAGCAGUCACACCAGGAACGACACCAGCUGGCACACCAGGUACUACUCCAGAGGAAACCCCAGGAACCACACCAGCAGUCACUCCAGGAACAACACCAGCUGGCACACCAGGAACGACACCAGCUGGCACACCAGGUACUACUCCAGAAGAAACCCCAGGAACCACACCAGCAGUCACUCCAGGAACAACACCAGCUGGCACACCAGGAACGACACCAGCUGGCACACCAGGUACUACUCCAGAGGAAACCCCAGGAACCACACCAGCAGUCACUCCAGGUACAACACCAGCUGGCACACCAGGUACUACUCCAGAGGAAACCCCAGGAACCACACCAGCAGUCACUCCAGGUACAACACCAGCUGGCACACCAGGUACUACUCCAGAGGAAACCCCAGGAACCACACCAGCUGGCACACCAGGAACCACACCAGCUGGCACACCAGGAACGACACCAGCUGGCACACCAGGUACUACUCCAGAGGAAACCCCAGGAACCACACCAGCAGUCACUCCAGGAACCACACCAGCUGGCACACCAGGUACUACUCCAGAGGAAACCCCAGGAACCACACCAGCAGUCACUCCAGGAACCACACCAGCUCUCACACCAGAAACCACACCCGCCGAUCCGCAAGCAGUUGAAGGAAUUUUACUUUGUGAUGAUGCUCCAGCUUCCGGAGUACUAGUUAAACUCUAUGAUCAUGAUACAAUUUCGCCUGAUGAAUUGAUGGACUCCGCCAAAACCGAUUCUAACGGCCAUUUCAAGCUUGAAGGUCAUGUUGAUGAGAUCUCUGGAAUUGAUCCUAAGAUCAACAUUUACCACGAUUGCAAUGAUAAAAUAUUGCCAUGCCAACGACGCCUGACAAUUUUUGUUCCAAGUGAUUAUGUCUCCAGCACAAAACAAUCUUACAAGGUGUUCAAUAUUGGAAAAGUGCAACUAGCUGGCAAAUAUGUGGGAGAAAGCCGAGACUGCAUUCAUUAG